UGCUCUAUUGGAUCUCUUCACUCUUUACUCCUAAUAAACCAUUCAAUAAACAGUAGAGAGAAUUACAGAUCGAGAAAUGGCACCGCCUACACAGUCCAACGGGAACACGGAGUCUCACGUUAAGAUCCCAAAGAUAAAGUUCACCAAGCUGUUCAUCAAUGGAGAGUUUGUGGAUUCCCUUUCAGGGAAGACAUUUGAAUCAAUAGACCCGAGAAAUGAGGAAGUGAUUGCAAGAGUUGCAGAAGGGGAUAAGGAAGACGUUGAUUUGGCGGUGAAAGCUGCACGCCACGCCUUUGAUAAUGGUCCUUGGCCUCGUUUUUCCGGCACUGAAAGGAGGAGGAUAUUGCUUAAACUAGCAGAUCUAAUUGAGGAAAACGCAGAAGAAAUAGCGGUUUUAGAGACACUUGAUGCAGGGAAACUGUUUAGUGAAGGGAAGUAUAUAAAUGCACGUUCUGCAGCCGGGACUUUUCGUUACUACGCCGGUGCAGCAGACAAAAUCCACGGCACCACUCUGAAGAUGUCGCGUGAGCUCCAAGGAUACACAUUGCGAGAGCCAAUAGGUGUGGUCGGACUCAUAAUUCCCUGGAAUUUUCCAGCACAAAUGUUUUCAUUUAAGGUUGCCCCUGCAUUAGCAGCUGGUUGUACUGUGAUUGUCAAGCCUGCUGAACAGACUCCCCUUUCUGCUCUCCUUUUAGCUCAUUUGGCUAAGCUCGCAGGAGUCCCUGAUGGAGUGGUGAAUGUGAUUACAGGAUUUGGACCCACUGCUGGUGCUGCCAUUAGCUCUCACAUGGACAUUGAUAAGGUUAGUUUUACAGGCUCAACAGAAGUGGGGCGUCUCAUAAUGCAGGCUGCAGCAACUAGCAAUCUAAAACCUGUGUCGCUAGAGCUGGGAGGCAAGUCUCCUUUCAUAGUCUUUGAUGAUGUAGAUGUUGACAAGGUUUCGGAUCUCGCUUUAGCUGGAGUCACAUAUAAUAAGGGUGAAGUAUGUGCAGCUGGGUCUCGUGUGUUCGUCCAGGAAGGGAUUUAUGACAAGUUUGUUGAGAAGGUGGUAGCCAAGGCAAAAGCCAAGGUGGUUGGUGACCCUUUUGAUCCUAAUGUUCAACAGGGACCUCAAGCUGACAUAAAUCAGUAUGAGAAGAUACUUUCAUAUAUAGAGCAUGGAAAGAGGGAGGGUGCUACAUUGCUAACUGGUGGUAAGCCACUGGACAGGAAAGGGUAUUACAUCGAGCCAACUAUAUUUACAGAUGUCACGGAUGACAUGCUAAUUGCAAAAGAUGAAAUUUUUGGACCUGUUAUGCCUAUACUGAAAUUCAAGACAGUGGAGGAGGUGAUAAAGAGGGCUAAUGACACGAAAUAUGGACUAGCAGCAGGAGUUAUGACGAAUGACUGGAACACUGCUAACACAGUUUCAAGAUCAAUAAGAGCAGGCGCUAUUUGGAUCAACUGUUAUCUGGCUUUUGAUCUAGACUGCCCAUUUGGAGGGUAUAAAAUGAGUGGGUUUGAUAGAGAUAUGGGGAUGGAAGGCCUUUACAAGUAUCUUCAAGUUAAAUCUGUCGCCACCCCAGUUUACAAUUCUCCAUGGCUCUAAAUUUCUCUGCUCUCUGUAAAGUAAUAAAAUGUCAUUUUUCGCCUAGUUUGUUGUAUGGCAAAAGCACUAGUUAUUAAGGAGGCUUUGCCAUGGAUUAUUGAAAGAGGAUGAAAAAGCUUAAUGCUAUUUUUAGAUUGUCAGAUGAUUUGUAGAAAGAUAAACGAUGAUUUGCUUGAUUUCUUUUAUGUGAGUCAUAGGAAAAUGUUGCUCUUUACAACAACACUUUGAAUUAAUAUGUAUUCGGUUUGUCCGUAGAUCAGAGAACAAAUUUUUUUAUGUAUUAAUUAGAGUUUUGUCAUUC